GCAGUUUUAGAUUAAGCCGAUGUGAAAAAACCUAAAAUAGUGUUUCUAGCCCUAAUCCUUAGAAAAAGAAAAGAUGGAUCCUCAGGUUGAGCCAGUGAGCUACUUUUGCGGUGAUUGUGGGAUGGAGAACAAACUUAAACCCGGUGACGUCAUCCAGUGCUAUGAGUGCGGUUAUCACAUGCUUUACAAGAAGCGCACCCGUCGUAUUGUGCAGUAUGAGGCACGCCGAAAGAACCAAGCAAAACUGGACUCUGUGUUGGCUUGCUCAUUUGUUUCAUACUUUCGCACUUGUUGAAGGUUGCUGCUUUCAUUUAUUGCAGUCACUUAUACAUAUACUUAUUCAUUUGUUGUCAUUACAGUUGUCUAGUAUGAGACUCGCUGAAGAAACCAAACAAAAUUGGACUCCGUGUCGGCUUGCUUAUCUGUUUUAUACUUUCAUAUCUAUAUAAAUUUAAGCGGGGUCUUUAGAAUGA